AGUUACUGGUUUUCGAACAUUACCAUAUUAUUACAACACCAUUUCAGAUGGUGUUGAUAGAAUUCAGAAGAAAUCGUCGUUCAUACGUCUGUAUACAACAGAUUCAACAGAGAAGUGUGAGCAAAUGUAUGGAUUUUUGCCUUGUUCAAAGAGUCUGUCUGGUCAUUUUUUCCUCAUUGUGGUGUAUGAGUACUUGUUAUUUCAUGGAGAAUACUAUGUGGCCAUGGGAGGUGAAAGGAUUUUCAAGAUUCUUGGUCCAAAUAGUGUAUUUGGUGCAAGUGCAUUUCACAUUCUUGGCUUCCUUCCUGAGGCUUUGAUACUACUUGCAUCAGGGCUCUUGAACAGUAAAGAAGUUGCUCAAGAGUAUGUGUUAACUGGAGUGGGGUUGCUAGCUGGAUCAACAAUCUUGCUUCUCACUUUAAUUUGGGGAACUUGUGUUUUUGUUGGCAGUCAACAAUCAACACCUAGUGUGACAUCAUAUGGUCACAUGCAAAACCAUUGGGAAAGAUUUCUGUCUCAAUGGACUGUUUCCAUCAUCGUCUCCCUUCUCUUCUGUGAAGAUGGCUCGAGUGGACGGCUUUCAGAGCGAGGACAUGAAAGCAAGACAAGAAUUAAGCAAAACCAAAACCUAAAACCAGCCAUUCUUGAAGAUGAGAUAAGCCAGUUGACGCAAACCCUGAAGAUUGGUGAUAUUAUCGUGAAGGAACCACUAUCUAAGGUUGUGGUAAACGAAAAGGAUGACGAAGAAACUGUCAACCCUGAAUUUAUAGAUUGA